UUUCUACCCUCGGCUUAGCUCACAUGCGACCAAAAGGACACAUGCUUUGGUGUACUUUAGCAUGCAGACCACGUCCAGCUAAUCUCCGUUUACAUUGGCCUAUACUCUUCAAGAUACCCGAGAGUUCUCGGUGAGUCGUCUGUGCGUCAUCUAUGCCUGAUUAGACUUGUAGUCUGACGUCGCCGGGAACCAUUUAAGCAAAACACCUCAUACAGCGUUGGAAAUCUAAAUGGACUUUAAAGAAAACACCCUGGCUGACAAAAAACACUUUUUUAUCAUUAAGAAGGGGAUCAACAAGUUUCCUCGUGUGCGUAAUUUCCAUCUGAGCGGGGUUCAAGCGUAAUCCGCGACACACGUGAUCGACAAAUCACUUCAGCUCCAAAUAUUUCUCAUUUGUCUAGAGAAAUAAGCCUCAGACCGUCCGUGGAGACGCUUCUUGUCCGAUUACGACGGGAAUCAGGAGGAGACCGGCUCCAUGCCUCGCUGCCUCUCCAGAUGCUCGGUUGGCCACCACAUGACUGUUGUAUGUGCUGUAUACCCUGCUGGUUGAGGAAGUCUCACGUUCUCAGCAGAUAUAGAUUCAGCGGUGGAUAGAUCCAUCAGUCAAAUAGGGAGCAGCAAAUGUCGAAGAAACGGAAAAGUCCUGACGAGCAGGACUUUGAGGAAUCUCCGCAUGCAGGAUGCAGCGACCAAGGUUUGACAGAUGAGAAAGUGAAGGCCUACCUCUCGCUGCACCCGCAGAUGCUGGACGACUUUGUGUUGGAGAGCGUGAGUGCAGAGACGUUGGACAGAUGGUUGAAGAGGAAGACCAGCAGCAGGCCUGCAGAUGACACAUCAGCUAAAGAAGUCAGCAGGCAGUACCAGGACACAAAUAUGCAGGGUGUGGUGUACGAACUCAACAGCUACAUGGAGCAGCGCCUGGACACUGGAGGAGACAACAAACUUCUGCUCUAUGAGUUGUGCAACAUCAUCAAAACAGCAACAAAAGCUGAUGGAUUUGCACUUUACUUCUUGGGAGAAUGCAACAAUAGUUUAUGUUUGUUCACUCCAACGGGGGCCAAAGAUGGCCCUCCAAGCCUCAUCCCCUCCGGCCCCAUCGCAUUUGGGACAACCAUUGCCGCUCAUGUUGCCAAGACUCGCAAAACACUGCUAGUAGAGGACAUCAUGGGGGACGAGCGCUUCCCCGACGGCACAGGGCAGGACUCAGGGAUCCAUGUUCACUCUGUCCUGUGCCUCCCCAUCCUCACUGCCAUUGGGGACCUCAUUGCCAUCCUGGAGCUGCAUCGGCACUGGGGCAAGGAGCCCUUCAACCUCAGCCACCAGGAGGUUGCAACAGCUAAUUUAGCAUGGGCGUCGGUUGCCAUUCAUCAAGUACAGGUGUGCAGAGGUCUCGCCAAACAGACGGAGCUCAAUGACUUCCUACUAGAUGUGUCAAAAACAUACUUUGAUAACAUUGUGGCAAUAGAUUCUCUACUUGAACAUAUUAUGAUAUAUGCAAAAAACCUGGUGAAUGCUGACAGGUGCGCACUCUUCCAGGUAGAUCACAACAACAAAGAACUGUACUCUGACCUGUUCGAUAUCGGGGAAGUGAAAGAAGGCAAACCUGUCUUUAGGAAAACCAAAGAAAUUAGGUUUUCUAUCGACAAGGGAAUAGCUGGCCAAGUAGCUCGGACAGGGGAAGUCUUAAAUAUCCCAGAUGCCUAUGCAGACCCACGGUUCAACCGAGAGGUGGACCUGAAAACUGGCUACACCACGCGGAACAUCCUGUGCAUGCCCAUCGUGAGCAGGGGGACCGUUAUAGGUGUGGUGCAGAUGGUGAACAAGCUAAGCGGAAGUGCCUUCACUAAAACAGAUGAGAACAACUUUAAGAUGUUUGCUGUCUUUUGUGCUUUGGCCUUACACUGUGCAAAUAUGUACCACAGGAUCCGGCACUCUGAAUGCAUUUACAGAGUGACGAUGGAGAAAUUGUCUUAUCACAGCAUCUGCACAUCAGAAGAAUGGAAGACCCUUAGCCAGCUCAACCUCCCUGCACCCAUUUAUAAAGAGAUCGAAAUGUUCCACUUUGACAUUAAUCCCUUUGAGGAGAUCUGGCCUGCUGUCUUUAUCUUCAUGGUUCAUAACUCCUGUGGAAAGACCAGCUUUGAGCUAGAGAAGCUGUGUCGGUUCACCAUGUCUGUAAGAAAGAACUACCGCCGUGUGCCCUACCACAAUUGGAAGCACGCAGUGACGGUGGCACACUGUAUGUAUGCCAUCCUGCAGAAAACCUCUGGGAUAUUCACAGAGCUAGAGAAGAAAGGCCUGUUGAUAGCCUGUCUGUGCCAUGAUCUGGACCAUCGGGGGUACAGCAAUGCGUACCUGCAGAAGUUUGACCAUCCGCUGGCUGCUCUGUACUCCACCUCCACCAUGGAGCAACACCACUUUUCUCAGACCGUCUCCAUCCUACAGCUGGAAGGGCACAAUAUUUUCUCCAACCUGAAUUCCAGCGAGUACGAGCAGGUGUUGGAGAUCAUCCGGAAGGCCAUCAUUGCCACAGACCUCGCCCUGUACUUCAACAACCACCAGCAGCUGACGGAGCUGCUGUCUUCUCAUGCGCUGGACUUGAACAACCACUCACACAGGGACCGUGUGAUUGGUCUGAUGAUGACAGCAUGUGACCUGUGCUCUGUUACCAAGAAAUGGCAAAUCACACGACUCACAGCCAAUGACAUCUAUGCUGAGUUCUGGGCUGAGGGAGAUGAGAUGAAGAAGAUUGGGUUGCAGCCGAUCCCUAUGAUGGACAGAGAUAAGAAGGACGAGGUGCCCCAAGGCCAAGUGGGCUUCUACAAUGCUGUUGCAGUACCCUGUUACACAACACUAGCGGAGCUUUUCCCACCAUCCAGCCCCCUUCUAAAAGCCUGCAAGGAGAACCUGGGCCAUUGGGAGAAGAUAUCGCGGGGAGAGGUGGAGGACAUCGUGCCCAACCAGCCUUGUGAUUCAGGCCCUGUAAAGGUGGACAACUGACUACGAAAGGGGUUGCUGACCCGCCAAAGGAAUACAACUUGCAUCCUGCCACGGACCUGGUACUCUGUAGGGGGAAGAACCCACAUCCUGCAUUAGCAGGAGAGGGAUCAGCUGAAGGCGACUUGACUUUGAAAACACACAGUUACCUCAUUGGGUGACGGAGGUGUCAACACUGAAGGCUUCACCGAUCCCAGAGACUGACGGACAGCCGAUGGGGAGGGACUUCAACCCAUCACCCUACAUCCACUCAGCUUGGGAAUUCAUUUGGUAGAAUGGUUUUAGUUCAUCUGUUUUAUGUCAUUUAAUUUUUUACUUUUUUAUUUGAGAUAAUUCUUUUGCGGUCUGGUAUUUGUAGAGGCCUUACUCUGAACCUUUCACAGGCUAGAAUAUGUGAAAUCUUGUUGUCGGUUCAGGCUUUUUGUUUUCUUUUUUUUGUUGAAAUGGUACUGUUUGCCUUCUGUGGUUGGUUUAUUGUACGCGCACUACUUCAGCAAGGUAUUCCCAGAGACAGAAGGAAUGUGUAGAACAGACGUAUAGUAUGAUGCCACCUUACUGAGAAGGUGGAUUUCAGAAUGUUUUUUAUUACUUUGUGAGCAAAAAUCCUUGGCAGUACUUGAAUAAAGACAUAAAGCCUAUUUUAGGUGGAGAUAGCAGAAAUCCCCCCGCAGCAUAUUGUACAAAACAUGGAUGAACUGUGACGAGAGGAGUUAGAUAAUGUCAACACUUGUGAACAUGGUCAUAAGAGAGUCACAAUGUUUCUCCGUGAAGUUGACCCCACAGCGCUGCCCCCAGCCCCCCCUGGCAUUUAGGGACCCUGCAUAGUACAUUGACUAUCCUCUGAUUAACAGGAUCUGAUCCCAGGCCAGCAGAAACAGUAAUGUUAGUAGGAUGGAGUUCACAAGAAAAAAAAAAGAGCAAGAUGCAGAAAUAGCAUGGCAUCAGUUGUAGUAAGCCAAGACUGAAUACAAUUGAGUUUCCACUCACAUCACAAUUUUCACGCCACUAUCGGAUCAUAAAUUAUUUUACACUACAAUCUGGUUCCUCCUCAUGAAUGAGUUAUCAUUUUCUGCCAUGAAUAAAACACAAGUAAAAUUAGGAUACUGUCCAAAUUACACCACAUGGUGAAGGCAUGAAUUAUGGAAGUAUAAAUUAAAAAAAUGGUGAAGGGUGGAAUGAGCCGUCGCCUAUACAGCCUCUGCUUGACAUAGACUGGUGUCCAUGCAGGUUCAAAACUGUAGUGUGGACAGCAGCUCAACAGAGCUCUCAGUAGCUUGAUCUUCAUAUUUUUCCUACAAUGUCAAACCUGUUAAGCUAAAGUGCAUCAGAUGUCUGUCUGCUGCGGGAUUGCAGCUCAAGAUUGUGGGUUGACUUUUUGCGGGUGUGCAACAGAAGUUCCCCUCACAGCCCGUCAAAGGAAAUAAAUCCUUUACGCUGACUCUCCAACAUGAUGCACGCGGGGAACAUUUGGACUCUUUCAAAUGAGUUUCUGAGAUCUUCCAAAAGACAAUUUUGUCUGAAACUGUCAUUCCAGUGGACAUUGUCCCUCCAAGACUGAAAUUACUGCUAAAAUAAUUUGUUUUUAUGACUGGUACUGUGGCCCCGCCCCCAAUGGUGUGAAUGUACAUUUUGAUGAAUGUUUUGUUGAUUGCAGGUCCUCAGUGGUGGCAGUUUUCUAUGAUGUGCUCUGUCUUACUUUUCAGAAUUGCUUCCAGUAAGCUUCAACCAAGAGCAACAGUUAGCAUGCACCUAAACUGAAGUUUAUAUAUAAUUUUGCAUAUACGGUAAUAGGUGUAUACUGUGUACAAUCUAGGAAUUAGUUUGUACAGACUGAGAUGUAUGCUCUGAUGGUGCUAAAGUGAAAGGCAGUCAUGCACUUUCUAACUAGGGGUGUGUGUGUGUGUUUGUGCGUGCGUGUGUGUGCGUGCAUGCGUGUGAGUGUGUGUGUGCGUGCGUGUGUGUGUGUGUGUGUGUGUGAGAGAGAGAGAGAGAGAGAAAGCUUUUGACUGUCUCUUUGCCCUCCCCACCUGAGAAUAUGGUUAAGUCCAUAACACUGCACUGUCCCUUCUACUUUUCAGCACCAGUUAUAUCCCAUUGUCUGCACUAUGUUUAGCUUAUGAUCUUUAUCCUUAUUAUUAUUGAUGAUUAUUAUUAUUGCUAUUAUUACUAUUGUUAUUUUCUUAAUUAGAGUUAAAUUUAAAUUAACUUAUAUUUUUUAUACAAAGAAAAAUAAUGUUGGCCUUUUUGUUUUGUACAAAGUAAGCGUUAAACAAAAUGGUCUAAGACAUGUUACUGUCACCCAGAAUAAUUGCAGAAUGUCUCAACUGUAAAUGUAAGAGCAGUAGCCCAAAUGACUUUUAUUAAAUACCUGAAAAAUA